AUGUCUGAUCUUCCACCUACAACCAAUAAUAACCCUUCUGAUCAAAGUACGACUGCUGUUGUGACUGGAGAUACGAAUGGAGAGGCAGCAACGAAACCGGAAGUCCAUGAUUGCUGGUACUUCUUAACAACCGGUUGUUUAAAAGGAGACAGCUGCAAAUUCCGUCAUAACCCAAAGGUACGAAAUAUCAAUAUCCUCUGCGUGAAAUACCUCCGUGGAGAGUGUUUCGAUCCCGAGUGCCCUUUUAUUCAUUUAACAUCCUUGGUUUUGUUUUUUGUUCCUUGUUACGCACAGCCCACCGCCCCUCAUCCCAAACCCUAUCCCAAGCCAUAUCCCUACCAUUAUCCACAUCCCUACGCGCCCCAGCCGCAGCCCAUGCAAAGAGAAUGCGCCUUUUUCAAGCGGGGAUGCUGCAAGAACGGCGACAAUUGCCCCUUCCUCCACAUCCUCCCCACCGCCGCCACUUCCACGUCCCAGACCUCCGUUUCCCCAGUUUCUCCAGUUUCCACCUUUAAACCUCAACCAAAUGGAGCGAAGCCUCCUACCUCCAUGUCCACCGUUUCCCCGGUUUCCCCGGUUUCCACGUCCCUCAAGCGGUCAGCGGCGACUUCGUCCUCCUCGUUUGCCGCCAAAAAUUUGGCGGCAAAACCGCUUCGCGUGAUCGACGGCGCCAACGCGUCCCUGGACCCGCUCGGCUUCGAGCCCCGCCAAACGCGCUCCCCCGCGGAACUGGAGCGCGCGGCGCAGCAGGCGAAGCAGGGCGUUUCGCGCGGGCGCGGGAAGGACCGGAGCUGCAUGUGCGAUCCCGCGCCGAAAUUUUGGCGGCAAAAAGGGAGGGGGAGGCGAAGCAGCAGGAAGAGGUGGAGAUAA